CGCAUGUAUUGCGACGUCCCACGCAUCGCGCGUGGCUUCUAUAGGAAGUGGAGUUCUUUUCGCGCAUCUUACGCGUUUUCCUGAAGGAAAAUGGCUACCAGCUGUCAUUUAAUCGGGAAGUGUGGCUUCUAAAGUGACAGAGGAUUCUGUGAAAAGUCGUACAACGCGUACAAGGAUCGUUUGGCGCGAUGCAAUUACAUAACAUUGAAAUCGUUUGGUAGAUCGACGCCACUUUUCAUCUACAUGCGGAACCCGUGAAACCUUCCACAGUGCCAUGAAAUUCUAUUCCGUUUUACUGUUUACAGUUUUUAUUUUUCGCGUAACGUAUUAGGACUAACGCGUUAACGCCACUUCAACGUUCUUAUAACAAUUAAACCAGAUCGACGGCUACCACUGUACAACCGCUGCCGACAACUUUAAUCGUGCUACGUAUCAAGGGCCAUCAAUUUUUUGACCUUACUCACGUUAUUACUUUGGGAGCGCAUUAAUUGCAAAUACGAAAAGCAGCAUGGGUUCGAGUCAACAGUUUUCUCUCAGAUGGAAUAAUUAUUUAAAGCACAUUACUUGCGCUUUUGACACGUUGAGGACAGAGGAAGAUCUGGUCGAUGUGACUUUGAGUUGCGAGGGAAAGAGAAUAAGAGCACACAAAAUGCUCUUAUCGGCUUGUAGUACAUACUUCAGGGAUCUAUUUAAGGAAAAUCCGUGUCAGCAUCCUGUUAUAAUAUUUCGUAAUGUAAAAUUCGACGAUUUGGCGGCAUUAGUUGACUUUAUGUACCAAGGUGAAGUAAACGUUGUUCAGGAGCAACUGGCCAGUUUCUUAACAACUGCCGAACUACUAGCAGUUCAAGGACUUACGGAUGGCACAGGAAAAGAUAACGAUAGCUUAGCCGAGGAUGACCUAGAAAUUCCCAACGAGCCUGAAAUUCAACUUAAAAAUGCUUCUAGUAAAACAGCAGAGAAGAAGAGAAACAAGUCACCUUCUUCGCCGAUGCCUUACCAUGCCGUCGAGUUACAACCGGAUAUACCACCGACUAAAAGACGAAAAUGUAGAGAAAAUACAAGUACAAACGCAGAUAAGGCUGUAAGUAACGCCUUGUCUGCAAAAGAUUCUGAGAACAAAACCACGGAAAAUCAGACAACGACUAGCUCGGAUCCCGUCGAAAUAAUCCCUCUUAUGCCGAACUUGAAAUUGGAAAUGCCUGAAUAUUUAGAACAAGAUGGAAGUAGCUGUAGUUACGAGGAACAAAGUUUAGGGGACAGUUCGUUAAAUAAAAUUGCUAUAGAAGAUACGUCGUCGAAUACUCCGGACAAUGACCAGAAGCCCGACAUCAGCCAAACGUUUUAUUCAAGUAGUCAGUCUACUUCGGAUAAUUUGGAUCCCAAACACCAAUCGUCAGAUGUUGGACACUUGAUUUCGAAACCUAGUACAUCCGGGGAAAGGCUAACGCAAGAAGCAGUGCAGGGGGGGGUGGGAGACAAUCGGGAGCAUGUUGGCGCUACAACUGGUCAUGUGGUGGUUCAGGGUCCAGGGCGUUUUUCGUGCAGUCUCUGCGGAAGCGUAUACAAGCACCUUGCUUCGCUGACCCAGCACCUUGAAAUGCAUCGCAACCAGACAACCUGCAUCCUAUGUAACACCACUCUCAGUCGUAGAACCGACCUGCGGCGUCACAUGCGUUUGAAACAUAACAUACACUUGCCAAAAAAGAUACAUUUGCGAAAAAAUAUCCAGAAGCAGCGCAGCUCGAAGGAAGAAUUGGACUCGUAGAUUUCAGUUUCGAUACGCCGAGAAACAUUGCUUCUCGCUCCGCCCUGGUUCUCUCUAUGUUCUUCUUCUCUAGUUGAACCAUUCGAGUCGGGACACUCUUUUUUUCCUUCGACGUUCUUAUUCUUUUCGACCUCCUUCCGUUACGUCGAACGUUCAUUUUCUCUAUUUCCUUUUUGUUCUUUUUUUUUUUCUUUACUUUUCCUUCGUACGCAAUUAGCGCUACCUCGACGAGUUGUCAAAGCCUUUUUUUUCUCUCUUUUUUUUUUUUUUCGUUCGGCGAAAAGUAGGAGGUUUCGCGCGUACCAUGGAACGCGUCGCUGAACCAUCGUAGAUCUACUUAAUCGUCGAUGCAUUGUCGUUCGAUACUUGAGCCGAUCGUUGCGAAAGUGCUGCGAGUAUUGUGUUCCUGCGUUAUCAGUUCUAUGUUCCUAAGCCCUCGACGUUGACAGAAGGUACACGAUGGUACUGCGACAGGUACGAUUGGAAGGAAUUAGAGAUGUGCAAGCCCGUGACGAGCAUCGGCCACCGACUCGUAUCGAUCGUAAUUCGUUCGACCGAGUUCGUACCGGUUCGGACGAAGUUGCUACCGUUACUCCUGAAAGUUCGCGUCUCGGGGACCCGGUCGAGCGGGCUCGCACGUUUCUAGGUAAAACGAAAGACUCGAAUCAAGGUGAAGUUCAUCGUGCCGAUUUUUUUGUUGUCGCGACACGCUAUCCGAAAUUCUAAUAAAAGCGCGGCGCCGGAUGCCCACUCAAGUCUACACGCCCACGAAUCUGACUCGAUCGUCGAAAAGACUUUCGUAACGAGCGGCUCGUCGCGAGAUAACGCGCGUUUCGUGCGUAAAGUAUUAAAGUAUGCGCCAGGUAAUCUCUAGUAUUAAUCGAACGUUGAACCGUAAUACAGCAUGUUCGAGGACAGUAACAUGUGACUUAGUUUACUUAUCGUUUACCGAUCUCAGUUUCGUGACGUCCAACGCUGUGUUACUCCAGCGAGGACUCGAAACGCACGAAAUCCGUUAAUCGAACCGGAGAUUUAUUUUCCUCCCCCCCCCCCCGGAGAAAAAACAACAAUGUCGUUUAAUUUCAUUCUCAUUCCGUGAUCCAGCACACAUACCUCCGUUAUUACGCGCGUGUACUUCCAGGCUUUGGGAUCGAACGAUCGAGAUUUUGCUUUACUCGAGCUCUAGAAAUAGCUGCAAGACUUGAAAAUGUACAAUGAGCCACGGAAGCAUUUCUACGCUCUCAACCGUUGACUUUGAACGGGUGAUAUAUUUUUCACAAAACAAAAAAAGAGAAAAAAAAAAUAAUUCAUUCUGUUGACUUCGAAAUAGCCCAUCGAUGAAAGUGAUUAACGUAAAGCUCGAUCCCAUCGCUAGUUGACGCGUUGACGCCGGCGUAGGGUGCAGACACCGAACGCCAGCGUCGACGCGUUGAGAGACACGCGUUUAGUCGUCGAUAUGUAACGUUAUUAAGCGAUAAAGCGUCUUCAACUCUGUAAGGAUUCUAGUCAUUACUGUACAGUGCUUUAGGCGGUCGCUGAGUCGUUUAAUCGCUUUUUGUCGUACUCGUAACUGGUACCGAUACGCGAAUCGAUUAUUCCGUGGAUCUCUGUUACGCGUCUGAUCGUCACCGUUAGGAUCUCCGCGACGACUGUUGGCGUUCGCGAGAAAUAUCACCGGAACGAUAAUAAUUACAGUCGCGGAUCGCGUGCAAACAAAACUGAUACCUAUUCGUUAGGUGAGAAAUAAUAGCGUAUACGAAGCACGAGAUAUCCAUAUCAAUAGAAUUACAGUGUUCCGAGGCGACGAUAAACUCGAAUCGUGCAUCCAAGUCGAUGCCAGGGUUUAGCAAGCUUUUAUCUACUCGUUGAUCGGUAAACGGAAGUUCGAAUUUCGAAGUGAAAAUUCGUGGUUAGCCGAGCAACGAUUCGAUGGAGUAGAAAUUUUGCCGAUCACUGGUCGACGCGCGAGUUGCAGCGUCUUACGAGAUCUUUGGACACGAACGAAACGAAUCGUGGCCAAAUGUUGCGUGACGGACGCUGCACUCGUGUAAAAAUGCACGCAGUGUAUGUAGUAGCGCUCGACUGUACGCAAAGAUCUACCCUGGUUAGAUGCGAAAGGAUCGUUCCCGUCGCUGUUUACGUUCUUCAGCUCGAGACGACGUCUGCGGAAGAUUUCAUCGAACUUUCAUUACCAAUACAAAUGAAAAACUGUUAUAUUUUCGAUUCCAUCUCGACGUGUGUAUUAUCCCAUUAGAAAGAUAGGUCGAUUCUUGGAUAUUCUUCGCGUAUAGUCGAGCGCUAUUGUACGAGAUUCAAGACGAAACGCGUAAAAUCGUCCAUAGAGAAAGUUCGAAUGUUACACUGACUCUGUUUACACGCCCGUUAUUCGCGUGCUCGAUUUUUCUUUGCGAUCCAAGAUGAACAUAGCUGCUUCGAUGGAGCGCAUAGACAGUGCCUUACACACAACUAUCUAGUUUUGCAGUUUACAUAUACUGUAUAUUGACUUUCCAGAUGUUUACCACAGUUGAACGCGUAUGAGAGACUAUAAGAGAACCAAUAGUUUUUGUUCCUUUCGCCGGUGGCUUCGUGUAAACAUUGUCUUUGUGUACGAAAUUAAACGAAAACGAUAUCUUCGUUGAUCGACCGAUCCGGAACGACGGGAAUACAAAUAUGUUCGAUCGACACAGUUCGGGAACUUUGAAUAACUACGCCACAGCUAACCGUUGAUUUCUCGUAGAAUACUAUUUUUCUAUCCGUGGCAACCCCACCCCCGUUUUGCAUCGAAUCGGCGCGUAGCCUCUAUUCGCACGAAUCUUCUUUUUGUCGCGAUUAAUAGAGCCGAAAGUCGCGUUAGGACCGGUGGAAACCAUAAGCGGCGUUAUCCCAACGAGACGGGGCAACGAAACGCGUCGAAGCUCCGGUUCUUGGUUUUCGACUCCGCUGCGUUACGCCACCGUAAAAGUAUACAUACGUUGUUAUCGCUAAGUAAUUUAUCGUGUCCAAGUGUAGCGAGUAAAUAUCUUUGAUCGGAAAACUCGUGCGAACCAGAACGAUAUUUAACCGUAUACGAAGAUUUUGGAAACGGCGGCGAAAUUAUAUUCGGCGACGCAAGCUUUCGCACGAGUUUCGAAGCUCUCUUUCGUGAUCGUUUACGAUGGCAAUCGAUCGAUAAAAAUCGAACUUUUGCAAAUUGUUGUCCGUUGUGUGUCGCUUUGUAACGAUUGGUUCGAUUCCAAUGAUCGACAUUGUUUGAGUAUCUUAUAUUAUAAGUCAUACGUGUACGUUGCUGUAUCUAUCCCCAAUAAAUAAAUAAAUAUCUAUGAAACGUCUAAUAAAUAAUUACGUCUAGGAGGUAAACGAGCUACGCUGUAGCGUUUCGCGAAGAUACGUUCGAACUGUGGCAGGUGCGGCGAAUCGGAAAAAUUCUAAAAGUUCGAUUUUUUUUUUCGAUCGCGUGCAUUUCCAUCUCUACAUCGAAAAUUUAUGUCGGUCAAAGGUUGGACGAUUCUGUACGUUUAUUCUUUUUUUUUCUUUUUUUUCCAUUGAUUUCGCUUCGAUAAUUGUACGCGAUAAAUUCGUAAAGUUUAGGCAACCCGUUUCCACUGUAGCAGAUAAUACGUACGCGUACUUUUUUUUUU